AUGAUUUGCAUCAAAUGCGGGAGGUGCAACUCCAGUCUGUACACGGUGUACAACAAGACGAACAUAAAACUGAACGAAUGCAAUCGGUGCAGCAACAUAUGCGAUGAGUACAUGGAGAGAAACACCUUCCUCAUCUUUAUUAACAUUUUAUUCCUGAAGCCCGAAGUGUAUAGACACAUCAUAUUUAAUCGGCUGGAGUAUCACGACAAAUUUAUUCACGUUUUUUUUCUUAAAAUGAUCAUUUUGUUUUUAAUAAUAAAUGCGUAUUUACACCCCAACUUUGAAAGUGACCAUAGGGAGGGAGGACGCACCUUCUCAGAUUUCUUUCUUAUGAACACCACCUUCGGGGAAAAUACCCAAAGGAGUUACCCCACGGAAUACAACUGCUCUUCAUACACUCUUUUUAUGUACAAAUACGACGAUAAGCAUAAGCUGUAUGGGCUAUAUAACAUCUUUAACCAGUCGAAUGUUCCCAAUUUGGUGAAUAUACACAAGAACAAAUUUCUGACGUGCAUUUUCCACAACAGAUUUAGGGACCACAACGUGUGCAUCCUCAACCGCAAGUACGAGCACACGGAGGACUAUGAUAAGCGGCUGAUUGAUUUGUUUCUGCACAAUAAGGAGAGCCCUGGGGGGAAGGACGUGCAGCUGAGCAGGUGGAAGGCGCAUCUGAACAGUUGGAAGGAGCAGCAGAGCAGUUGGAAGGGGCAGCAGAGCAGUUGGAAGGGGCAUCUUAGUGAGGGGGGGAAGACCCCUUCGGAGAGCCCCAGCUGGACUAACCUACUCCCAUUCCGGGACGCCAAAAAAAAGCUGCUGCAGCUGGUACAGCGGAGCUUGAAGUACGAAUCGAUUUUCAAAUUAAAAAAAAACCAUCAACUGCUGCGGAACGACAUCGUCACGCUGAAAAACGCGGAAGAAUACAACAGCCUGUUCCAAAUUACAAACGUCCUCGUGUAUUACCACAUUGAUGAGCACAAAAUAGUGCUGGAGACGAGGGAGAAGGAAGCCUACAACAUCCAUUACCUUCUAAAUUUUUUGUGGAGCAUAUUUUUUUACCAAAAGGGGAGUGAAAAAAAGAAUUACUUCAAAAGUGAGGCAAACUCAUUUGUAAGGAAAGCAUCUACAAAGGGUGUCUGUCCAGACCCGAGAAAGGAAAUUUUCCCCUCCAAUAAAUGCUACGAUUAUGAGCUUCAAGACCACCCCUAUGAAAAUUUAAACAACUCGGGGGAUAAACUCAACAGCUUGUGCAGAAAUAUUUUCAAAAACAUCGAUUUUACCUUUCACAAAAAUGUGGACGAAAUAACGAAGAAGCAAAAUCAAAAGAAAAAAAAAUUUAAAAUUAAGCAAAUCUCAAUGUACUCCAAACUGCUAUUUUCCGAUUUGGAUAAUGAAAAAUAUAUUUUGAAAAUAUGUAACUCUUCCUUUUCUUUUAAGAAAUUAAAAUCGGUGGUCAUUAAUUAUCUGGUCUACUUCCUUCUUUUGUGCAUUUUUACUUAUCUCCUCAAGCUAUAUCAGGAGAGGAAAUACAGAAUUAGGAUAACCAUGGUGAAGUACAAUUACCUCUUUAUGCUGUUUGUGCUGAGCAAUUACCCCCUCGUCAUUUACUUCAUCCUCAAGGUGUUCAAUUAUAACUACAUCAAUAUAUACCUACAUGUGUACACCAUUACUUGCAACACCAUUGCUUAUUAUAUAUUCAUUUCCUCGGACGGGAAUUACAUUUGCUACUCCAUAUUUUCGGUGCUCGCCAGUUACCUGCUCAAGAACUUCCUCAUGCUGAAGCUAGGGGAUUACCUUUAG